AUGACACCUGCGAAGACGAUUUCUUAUAAGCAUUGGGUGGAAUACGCCCGAACUAUGGCGCAAGUCGGUUUUGUGUCAAGCUCAUUUUUUGGAUUCAUUUUGAUCUAUCUAACCAUGUUUGGGGUGUCCAGAAACUUUGGAAGCUACAAGUACCUUUUGACGCUAUUCCCCGCAGUGGGUAUAUUUUUUGCCACAAUCGAAGUAAUACUGUAUCCGAACAUGUACUCUCAUAACUCCGCCUACAUUUUCUACAGUACGGAUCGCCCGUUCGGCUUGCAAAAAGAGACAAUCACCAAGCUCUUGGCUCUUUAUGCUGGAGUUUAUGCAUCAACGAUUUCGAUUCUAGCCGUUCAGUUUAUAUACAGAUACUGGGCUAUUUUCCACACAACCAAAUUGAUAUACUUUAAAGGUUUCAAGUUUUUCAUCUGGGUCUUUUACGCUGUUUAUUUUGGAAUCCAGUACGGGUUUGGUUUAUAUUAUUUUGAGAGAAUCGAUGCGUAUACUAGAAGGUAUUUAGAGGAAGAUAUGAUGAACAAAUACGGUGUCGAUUUUUUCGAGAUCGCUGGUCAAGCUCAAGUGGCUUAUGAUGAGAAUGGGUCCCCCCGAUGGUGGAAUAUAUAUUGUACUAUAAAUGUAUCAGUGAUAGUAUUUUUCCAAUAUUCGGUGAUUACCUAUUGCACAGCUCGGAUGUAUAUUGAAAUGGAAUCUAAAUUACAACUCUUAUCAGAGUCGUUGAGAACAUUGCACAGACAAUUUUUCAAAACUCUUGUUCUACAAAUUGCAACACCAACAAUCACUCUAUUCAUCCCAAUUUCCCUUAUUAUCUAUUUGCCGUUGUUCGAUAUGGAAAUCGAUUUGCCAACUGGAAUCUUACUCUGCGGUUUCACUGUCUAUCCAGCUAUGGACGCCAUUAUAGUGAUGUAUAUCGUAAAAGACUACAGAAUCGCUAUUCAGAAUUCAUUCCGAAAAUGGCUGGAUAAAAUUUAUCAGCUUUUGAGACCAGCGGACUCUUUUAAUGCAGCUGACCCUACAACCACUGAACAACCUCUUUCAGUAUUGAGAGUUCCUAAUUUGUGA